UUAUACAUAUAUAUCAAAUAUAGAAAAAGAAGAAACCAUAAGAAACUCUAGUGUUGUUCAAGUUCCACAUUCUUCUUCUUCUUCUUCUCAAGUCAUGUUGUUUAAAGGAAAACGACUAAUUGUAGAUGAAGUGGAUUUCUUUCCUGAGAAGAAUAUGAGUCCAUUUAAUAAUGACCAAACACUGAACCUACAAAUGGAUCAUCAUCAUCAUCACGUAGAUACUUGUUUAGAUCUUCUCACAAAGAUUUCUCCUAGCAACAAACCGGAUGAUGUCGAAUCCGAUGCAACCAUUAAGAACAAUAAUAAGUAUGUUGCCUUGACAGCUGAAUUGCACCAAAUGAAUAUUGAAAAUCAGCAUUUGAGAGAUCUGGUUGAAAAACUCAGAAUUAAUUACAAAGACUUAGAAAAGCGUGUUGUAUGGCUAAAGCAAAAACACUAUAAACACGAGAAAAAUGAUGAACCUUCAGAGGAGAGAAAAAACAUGGUUGAGUUGAUUGAGUGUGAUAGAAAGACCGGAAAGAUUGGCAAUGGAGUUAUACUAGACAGGAUAGAUAUGGAUGAUAAUGAGAUUUCACAAGCUAAGACAACAACUCCAAGCUCAAACAAAGUUCCAAGGUUGAAUUCGGAUCAAGCAUCUGAAUCAAUGAUGAAGAAAGCUCGUGUAUCAGUUAGGGCAAAAUCAGAAGCAUCUAUGAUUUCGGAUGGAUGUCAAUGGAGAAAGUAUGGACAGAAGAUGGCAAAGGGGAAUCCACAUCCAAGAGCUUAUUAUCGUUGCACAAUGGGGACUACAUGCCCCGUUCGGAAGCAAGUACAAAGGUGUGCUGAUGACAGUAGUGUGUUAGUUACAACAUAUGAAGGACAACAUGAUCACCCUCUUCCACCAGCAGCUAAAACAAUGGCAUCAACAACAACAUCAGCGGCAUCAAUGCUUCUUUCAGGACCAAUGAUAAGUGCAGAUGGUUUAAUAGAAAGCUCGUCACUCCCUUGUUCACACAACAUAACACUCUCGGCUUCUGCUCCAUUUCCAACUAUCACAUUAGAUCUCACUAAAACUCCUACCAAUAAUUCAUCACAUGGUCAAUUCAACAUCUUUCAACCCAUUUUGCCACAUAAAUUUAUGUCAGCUCCAAACAUUUUUGGAAUGGAUCAAAAGGGUUCAUUUGCUGACACGGUUAGUGCAGCAGCAACUGCUUUGACUUCUGAUCCAAAAUUCCCAACUGCUCUUGUGGCUGCAAUAACUUCCAUCAUUGGAAGUAAUUCAAAUAUCAACAAGAAUGACAUUGCCAAUGACAUAAAGAGAGACCAUCAAUGCAAUAAUUCUUAGUGCAAUAUUGCGCAAGGUUUGAAUUUGAAGUUUGUAACCACAAUGUGGCCACCAUUUAAUUGAUUUUGAAAUAUUUUCAAUAGCAUCACACUUGAAAUUAUGGAAGCAUUAAUAAAUAAUUCUACAUCAUAAUUGC